AUGGGCAACCAGCAAUCAAGCGGCAAGGACAAGAAAGGCGAUAAAGGCGGUGCCGACGGCGUCCCUCUCGGCCGCGAGUACUACCGCUCCUUUGAGAGAUCCGACACCAAAGACUCGACUCGCUCGCUGCGUACCUCGUUGCGCAACAAGAUCCCCAUCACCGGCAAGUCCGACAGUCCACGAAACUCAGUUGCCGGCAUUGGCGAUACCAACGGCAAGGUGGACAAGUCGGACGCCGCUUCCACAAAAUCCAAAGGCUCGCGAAGAAACUCGCUAGCUUCAGCCCCCGCACCGCCCCCCGCGCCAGCGCCCGCCGAUGGCUCGACAGAACCCACAGACAAGCCCGAGUCCGACGCGGACGUGCCCCAAGCACCGCCCUCGCCUGUUCACGGCGCAACGCUUGGAACAGGCCACGAGGGAGUCACCAAGGCUCAGAGAACUGGCGAAGUAGACCACGUCUCUGAUGUUCCCCCCACGGGAGCCGCACAACCUUCGGCUUCAGCCCAGCCGGGCGAGUCCAUCUUGCAAAAGAAAGACCAGCCUAUCCCCAGGCUUCCCGAGCCUCCAGCGCCAACAGAUGGCUCGGGCUCACCCAUGGAGAUCAGCGCGCUCAAGACAAUGGAUCUCGAUGACAUGAUUCAGCGGUUGCUCGAUGCUGCAUACGCUGGAAAAGUCACCAAGACAGUCAGCUUGAAGAAUGCCGAGAUCUUCGCUAUUUGCUCGGCUGCUCGAGAAGUAUUCCUGAGCCAGCCUGCCCUGCUAGAACUUGCUGCGCCCGUAAAGAUUGUGGGCGAUAUCCACGGACAAUACACCGACCUGAUCCGAAUGUUCGAGAUGUGCGGUUUCCCACCAAAUUCAAACUACCUUUUCCUCGGCGAUUAUGUCGACCGCGGCAAGCAGAGCCUGGAAACCAUCCUUCUGCUCCUCUGCUACAAGCUCAAAUUCCCCGAGAACUUCUUCCUCCUGCGCGGCAACCACGAGUGCGCCAACGUCACGCGCGUAUACGGUUUCUACGACGAAUGCAAGAGAAGGUGCAAUAUCAAGGUCUGGAAGGCGUUUGUCGAUACCUUCAACACACUGCCUAUUGCGGCCAUUGUAGCCCAAAAGAUUUUCUGUGUACACGGCGGAUUGUCACCAAGUCUGUCGCACAUGGACGACAUUAGACAAAUUGCGCGACCUACUGACGUGCCGGACUAUGGUUUACUCAACGACCUGUUAUGGAGUGAUCCGGCCGAUAUGGAGAACGACUGGGAAUCCAAUGAACGUGGAGUUAGUUACUGCUUUGGCAAAAAGGUCAUCAUGGAAUUCUUGGCGCGACACGACUUCGACCUGGUUUGCAGAGCCCACAUGGUUGUCGAAGAUGGUUACGAGUUCUUCACAGAUCGGGUACUGGUGACUGUGUUUUCUGCGCCAAACUACUGCGGUGAAUUCGACAACUGGGGUGCCGUCAUGUCGGUUUCUGGCGAAUUACUUUGCAGUUUUGAGCUCCUUAAACCUCUUGACUCAAGUGCGCUGAAGAGCCAUAUCAAAAAGAGCAGGAACAAGCGCCAAAGCAUGCUCAACUCACCACCCGCACACUACGCUCCUCAAAGUUACUAA